AUGCCGUCCAGGGAAGAGUUGGUAGAGAAGGCAAAGCUUGCUGAGCAAGCAGAGAGAUAUGAAGAUAUGGCAGAGGCUAUGAAGAAUGCAGUUGAAGAAAAUCCUGUCCUUACUGCCGAGGAGAGAAAUCUACUUUCUGUAGCCUACAAGAAUGUGGUUGGAGCUAAGCGUUCCGCGUGGAGGGUGGUCGAAGCCAUGGAGCAGAAACACUCAGCAACGAAUGAUGAUAAAGUUCAUCUCAUAAAGGAUUAUAAGGAAAAAGUGGAGAAAGAAUUAAACGAAGUCUGCAAGGAAGUUCUGGUAAGUUCGCACCCCUUCUUGCUUGUCUUUCCUAGUCUAGUCAAGUAUUCUGUAAGCUCUUAGUAAUCGCUCGUGGUCUCUGGAGGUGUUCUUUUCAUGAAGGAAAGCUUAAUCCCUCGAUCGAAUUAAAAUGUUGUGGUAAUCUGGAUUCUUACGUUAAAGGAUUUGCUGGAUCAGGAAAAGGACCCUUCUCUCAUCAAAUGUGCUGCUGAUGAUGCAGAGGCGUACAUUUUCUACCUGAAGAUGAAGGGAGAUUACCUGAGAUACGAAGCAGAGGUUGCAGAUGAAGGUAGAAGGAAAGGUACGUCAGCUUGUAGAGAUGCUUUUGGGAAAAAAUAGCUGGAUGAAUAUAGUCAUAUACGCAUACCUUGUGAUUUUCGAAAUUAAGUUUUUAAAUUAUUUUUAAUCUGUCCGGGUUCUCAAGUCUUUCUGAAAGCUUUGCUUUAGUUCGCUGUUAAUUUUACACAUUCACUCACUGACAGUUUGUGAUAAAUAUCUUCCGUGCUUCACGUGCUCGAGUUCGACAUGAUGACCACUUCAAGUAAUUAGCCAGCAAUAAAUUUUACAGUUAAAAAUAUCAGUAAAUAGUCCUGUGUGAAGCAGUUAGUACAAUUUCUGCGGCUAUCUAUAGGAUUUUGAUCCUUAAUCUGACAACUAACUGAAUAAAAGUAGCCAUUUUGAGGCCACUUUUAUUUUAACUUAAUAUGGCCUGUCACAUACCAUUUUAAAAUUAAUUAAAUUUUCUACAAGAGUGUUGGUUAGGCUAGUUUAGGCUGAAAAAUUUAUGGCUUGCAUCAUGUCCCCCUUUGCCCUCAAAAGAAGAGACAUCACUAUCAUCUUUAACAUCAUUGACAAUCGUGGCGACUUCUUUUGCAGCAUAUGAGAUCUUGUCUGUCUUCCUGCCAUGUUGUUAUCCCUUUCUUAACAAUUUUAAGCCAAAAAUGACUUGUUUUUAAGCUAAAUUUUAAGAUUUAUACAGCUACACCAUACUCUUGUGGACAUUCAGAGUGAAAGGUCCAGGAAAAAAAUGGCAAAUUCAAGUGAAAUAUCAAGGACAACUGAAUGAAAAGAAUUUAGCAGAUUUAUAAACAACUACAUACAUAAAAACAAGAUGAAAGGCUACCUUGACAUUAAUUCCUUUCAUACAACAGGCAUUUUUUGUCCAUGAUGUAAUACAUGCAGAUAAUCUUGCCCUGGUCAGAUUGAGGGUUAAACCAAGUCAACUAAUAAUUCAUGAUAUACUGCAAUUUACUUACAUCCUUCCCUUGAUAACCUUUACACUUGAAUAUUAGGUGCCUGAAAUAAACCUGACAUUGUUAUAUAAUAGACAUUCAUAAAAGCCAGAAUUUUGGCUACAGGUACAUGAACAGCCCCCUGAUUCAACUUAGUAGUUCAUGAAUGAUCAACAUCUAUAACCAUCAUAAAAAGCUCCAAGUGCCUGACUGCUGAUGAAGUUGCAGAACCCAAACAGUGGUGAUAAAGUGAAGUUGUUCAUGGUCGUUGUUUUAUGGCCUUUUGUUUUGAUAUUGACCAAUCAAAUCAAAGGAUAGAUUAACGCUUGAGUGAGUCCACGUGACCUUGGGCCUUGGGGUUUCUAGGAUUUUGGCUAGUUUUUAAUAUGCUUUGGGAGAUAAAUUGCAUGACUAUAACAAGAUUUCCUGUGACAUAGAAUGGUGACUUCUUUGUAAAACUACACCUUCAUAAGUUGUGUAUGACAUUUGUGCCCUUGCUUUUUGCCUUAAAAUAGUACAUGAUGUAAAAUAAUUGGUUCAGCGAAAGGAAAUAGUACAACAUCGCACUCAGACUCGCAUUUAUUAAAGUUUAACCAAAACUGACAAAAAGUGGUUAAUCGAUUGUACAGACACAUCAGGGCUCAAAAUAACAGACAGCAGGUCGCCGGUCAUGAUGACCGGCCAAAUAUUUUUUAGCCCGGACAAACCCCGAUUUUGGCCAGUCAGAUAAUGAAUAUUACUAUAAUUUUUUUUGUCAAUGGAGUAUCGAAUAACGCUUGCAGUAGAUCGUUGUAGUGCAUUGGCAUUCAGGUUUUUGGCGAAAAGUUGGUGAAAAAUUCAUUUACACAUUGCUGAGUUGCUUUCCGUGGUUUUCGCCCGUUUUCACGUCCAUUUAUGUAUACCUUGAGUAUCAUUGUACAAGGGUGUCCUUAAGCAGGGUGCAAAGAAAAUCAUUUUUACAGCUUGCCUUUCGGGCAAGCUGAAGCUAGCAUUUACUAGCCCAGACGUCAUUUCAACUAGCCCCAAAAACGUUUCGUUCUUCUGUUAUUCAAAUUCCUCAUAAAAAAUCACUUGCCGGUUGGGCAAGUUAAAAACAAAAUUCACUAGCCCGAUAGCAAAAUCCACUAGCCCCGGGCUAUCGGACAGUACUUUCUUUGCACGCUGCCUUAAGUCUCCAAGGUUCGUCCUAUAUCUGCCAUAUCAGUGAAACUUGAUCUUUUUUGUUGUCUGGCACGUGACCGAAAGUCUGCUCCAUAAAGAAGAAACGUCGCUAAAUAUUUCCGGCAAAGAAGUUGAUUUGGCAAGAAAUUUGUUCCACAAACAGCGUAUUUAUCAUCAGAAGUCAAUAAAUGUACAGCAGAGCUUUCUUUUGGGUCGUCGUGCAACACUUUAUCAUGAAGGGCUCAUUAACGUGAACAGAAACGUGCAUAAAGCUAUUUAUUUAAGCGCCGAGAUAGGCGACAUUCGUUCUCGAUUAGCUUAGUUUUUAUCAGACAAUUCUGGAAUCGAGUCCGCAAACGAGAUUCAUGUUCGACAUAGAGAAAGUAUUAUAAUUAAUCGAUGCGCUGAAUUUUAUUUUUUUAUUUUUAGAAACAGUACAGGACGAGUGAUCGAUUUGACCGAAUUCCGUCGAAGGUGAUUUUCACAAUCCUCUUACAAGUAGAUGUGAAGCGUUUGAUGGACAAAAACUGUUAGCUGUCCUUUAGUUUUCUAACAAAUAACAAAUUAUCGUUAGUGUAUGUUCUCCCAAAGAAGGUCACAUUACUGUUCACAGCAAAGCAGAAUGUACGAUAUGACCUGCUGCAUCGUUGCGUUACUCCACAACCCAGUUUGUUGUUGUUUCGCUUUGUUGCAUUUCAUUACGACGUGACGACUGAAAUUUAUUGCUGCGUUCUUUUUCUUUAAAGGGUUUAGUGCAAAGCAGCAAAAAAAGCCAAAGAAAAAAGAAAUCAUUACAGCCUUAUAGAGCGAACGCAUUACGCGACAACUAUAUGGAAAAUAUUAUAAAAUGUUCGCAUCCAAAAAUGACCGGUCAAAAUGACGGGCAAGACGAGAGGUUGACCGGUCAAGUGCACGAUCAGGCCGGACAUUGUCUGUUGACUGGCCGUUAUUUUGAGCCCUGAACGUCCUUGACUGAGUCAAAAAUUUACAACAAUCGCUUAAGUGAAGCUAAAAUUAAGAAGUUACAUAUUUUGGUCAAAUGCUAAAAAAUCACACCUAUCAAAGCAAAAAGAAUUGUUUCCUAAAGCUGUGAAUAUUUCUUGAUCAGUUUUCAGAUCCGUAGACAAGUCAGCAUUUUGGUUGCAGGAUAUUGACAUCAGUACAGCAUUAAUAGUAUCGAUGAAAUGAACCUAAUGGUCCUAUUCAUGAUUAAUUGAGAAUUCAAUCAGUCAUUACACCGCUAAUGUUGGAUAGAGAUUUAUUUGCUGGAUAGCAUUAUCCACCUUCUUACAACUGGGUCUAGAAGUUUACACUUUUCACUGGAAAUUGUAAUAAGAGACUGCACAUGUUCAUGUAACGACUGUUUUGUUUUCAGAGGUGAUAAAUGAAUCCGAUGAAGCCUACAAAGAAGCAAAUCAGAAAAGUGAGGAAAAACUACCCCCCACACAUCCUAUUCGACUAGGACUGGCACUUAAUUACUCAGUCUUUUAUUAUGAAAUCAAACAAGAUUCUGAGAAGGCUUGUGUAAUGGCAAAGAAGGUCAGUUGUACAGUUAAACAGUACCCUGGGGUUUCAAUAAAAAAAUAAAGUAGACAGCAGGUUUGAAUAGAGUAACCGAUGGAUGGUAACAACCAGGGGCCUGUAGGCCCCUUCUUCUAGGGGAGUCUGGGGGUUUGCUACCCCCUUAAAAUUUUCAAAGUUUUACAGCCCUAAAAUGCAAUUUCCAGCUUUCUGGGCACCUAGAUUGAGUUCAAAAGUUCAAGGAAGAUUUCUUCUCAGCAGUUAUUGUGUAUAAUAAUACAUUUCCUGGAAAACAAUGAAUAAUUGUUGAUUUUGGUUGUAAAGAAUAGGGGAAUACUAAGAGAUCAAGAAGGGGUAAUAACUUUCUUCCCCUGAAAUGGGGGGAGGCUCAUCUUAGACCCAGGGGCAGAUAGUGGGAGCGAGGGAAAGUCUAGAUGGUUGGAAUAAAUGGCGCAAAGAAAAGUAAAGAAUGGGGAGGAGAGCCCCUGGGGACAUGGUUCCAGACAGUUGCAGUCUUUUUGGCUUCUGAUUGGUGCCAGAAAAUGUUUGUGUUUUUCUGCCCAAUAAGAGUGCAGCAGUCCUUGGAGUCGCAAAGUACAUGAAGUUUAGCUGUUCUCCAUGUAUAUCUAGGCUGUUCACAAUGUCAGAACAUGACAUGAGGGAAAACGUUCUGAACAUCUGCAAUGAUCUCACCGGUUUUGGAUCUUUCGCAGGUAUCAUAACAGAAGCCUAUGUAAAAGUUUGUGAAAAUAUUCUCUCACAUACUGAUGUGUUUUGGACACAGGGAGAUCUAUUUUUUGAAAAGCCUACUGGCAAGGUGGACCUGAGUGAGCAUGGCUCUUUAUUCUGAAGUUGCUCCACUUGUUUCAUGAUUUCUUGGAUCACGUACUUGUUGUGACUAAAACUUUGGCAAUCCUGGGAAUUUUUUUGCUGUGGCAGGUGUGUUGAGUGACUUGCAACCACACCUACAAUGUAUCUACGCGACUUUCUUUCUGUGCCAGAAAAUGAAAACCCCGGCUGGGUAUAUUUCCAUAGUUUUGCCAAGUGUGCUGAGUCAUUCUCCCUUAAACUAAAUCUAAAACUAAAUAUUUAUUGAUAGCAUCCAAAGAUUUGAAUGUUUAUGUUGUAAAAAUUAUCAGAUCCACAUUCAGUAAGAUGAAGUAUCCUACUUUUGAGCUAAUGUUACAUGUCGCUUCAUUGUUGCGAAACCACCAGGCUUUGCAGCAGACUAAUUCAGGUUGCGUACUUGACCAGGCUGGGUUAACUGUGCACGAUACCAUCCGCUUUUGAGCUUUCUUGGAUGUAACUAUGUUUGUACAGGCUGUCAUUAAGAGCCAGGGGCCGGGAAUUUCCCCCGGCUACUAUGAAUGUGGUCCCUGGCUACUUUAAUUGGAAAAUAGAAGAAAAACAGAACCAAAAGAAAUCGCUAGCCAUUUGAUUCCCUGCCUACUUGUUGUAUAUGUUGUAGUUAAUUUUUUAAUCUCAGUUAAUUUUUAUUUUUCCAUUGUUUUUGGCUAUGGUAAUGUCUGCUAAUGAAUUUUUUAACAAAAAAAAAAAAGGAAAUUGAAAUAAUAAUAAUAAUAAUAACAUUAUUAUUACUAUUAUUAUUAUUAUUAUUAUUACUACCACUUUUCUUCGCACCAUUUUUUCCACCCGUUUCCCUUGCCCUCUUUAUUUGCCUCUGGGUCUCCGAGGAUGGGGGGGUGGGGAAGGGGGCUUAUUUGAAAGGGGGUUUAAGCAAGAGAGUGGUGAAGUGAGCUCACCAGUUACCUAAGGUUUUUUAGUUAGGUACCUAUUUACUUCUUAUUUACUUUAAUGCCUAGAAGACAUUGAAAAGUAAGCUGACCCCAUAAGGCACAAUAUGGCUAUAGCUUUCUAGAUUUCUAACAUUCUCCAGACCAGUAUCCUUCAGCAGUGUGUCUUUGUAUGUGGUUAUAGGACAUCCUCUUUGAGCCCUCCCAUUUUUCAUGACCGUUGGUGUCCAUGUUAUAAGCUGUUGGACUGGAGAGCUCUUAGAGUGAUUUUCGUAUGACCUUGAAAUGAAAAUGUCCAAACAAAACAGAAACAACAAACAAACGUAAAUGGAGCGAUUUGAUUUGGUUAUAGAACGGAUACAAAUACACAUGGCCUUUGGUUGGUUAAGCGAACGCUUGGGUGCAAAAACUUCUUGCCCGAGAACUUUCUAGAAAUCAAUCGAUACUUCUCUUUCACGCCAUACUGCAACAUGAUUGGCCAAUCAAACAAUGCCUUCUCCAUAUUAGGGUUUUCUUUGGCAGGAAAACGAAGAGUCUACGUUUUGAUCUUUUCAUCCAUUGGCUGAUAAAACAAAUAACAAACACUUACUGAAACCAGUUUUCAAGGUCAUGCAAAAAUCGCUCUAUCGUUAAAAAAACAUGUCUGGAUGGUGCAAUUCUUCUAUUCUGAAUGGUAGUGGUCACCUUUUCUAAAACUACCCUAAAGCUCACUAUUUGUAACCUUGUUUAGUAGUUAAGUAAUGACUAAUUCAACAUGGUUGCCACAGGUCAGGAAAUGGUCAGGGGCGAAAAAAAAUUCUUCAGGGUCAGGGAAAAGUCAGGAAAUUUUACUUCAAGUCAGGGAAAGUUAAAGUCUUUGAAAAAAGUCUCUGAAAAGUGAAAUUUUAAGAGUACAUUUUAUUCUUUCCGCUGUACUUUUGUUUUUUUCUAACAUUUAAAAUUCUUUUGUACGAUUUACACAUGUUGUGUCGGUAGAAUAUCGUUCACGGAAUUCAUGUUGAGGAACUAUCAAUUCAUUUACACUGCAGGUGACUCACUGAAAGCAUAAUUAAAUGGGGGGAGAGGAUGGCUAUAAGGGAUGGGUCGGGUCCAUCAUCUGGACUCAUUUGUUGAAUUGUUAAUUAGCUGGACAGAGAAAGUUUACGUCUGUCAGGAAAAUGUCAGGGAAUUUCUGAAACCUUUGGCUGUAGCAAGCAUGUUCAAGCUGCCGAUGUAAAAUAAAUAAAGACCUAUUAUCUUUUAGGCCUUUGAUGAUGCUAUUGCUGAGCUUGAUUCACUGAAAGAGGACAGCUACAAAGAUAGUACUCUUAUAAUGCAACUACUGCGUGACAACUUGACUGUAAGUGUAGAGUAAUAAUUUUGAGGUGCAUUGAUUUGAUUGGGAAGUCUGGAUUUAGAGUGUAAUCAAGUGCAAAAUCCCAAAACAGAUUUCAACUUCGAGAAAUCCAUCCUCGAGGUGGAUUUCAGUGAAGAAAUCCAACUCUGGAUUUGCUAGAUUUCCUUCUUAACCCGUUUGAUUGGGAAAUCCAUAAAAGGAUUUGCAAAACUGUUCUUGUAAACAAUGGUCUUUUGGAUGCCAGUAAGUGCGAGCCCGCUAAUCUUAAAAACAAAUCCAUUUUCAGAUUUCCCAAAAAGAAGGAAAGAAAGGAAGUCCAAGGACAGAUUUACCAGUGCUGAAAUCCGUUUUCGGAUUUUGAGUGUGAAUGCCAAUUUGAAUUUUGGAUGUUAAAAUUUCCCAAUAGAGUAUAGAUGUAAAGUCAGACUACAAUCAGGGACAAAAUGGUUGAGACAUCCUAAGGCAGCAUGCAAAGAAAGUAGUGUUCGAUAGCCCGGGGCUAGUGGAUUUUGCCAGCGGGCUAGUGAAUUCUGUUUUUAACCUGCCCGACGGGCAAGUGAUGUUUUUUGAGGAAUUCGAAUAACAAAAGAACUAUGAAAUCAAUUCUGCUAGUCAAAAAGUUUUUGGGGCUAGUUGAAAUGACAUCUGGGCUAGUAAAUGGUAGCUUCAGUUUGCCCGAAUGGCAAGCUGUAAAAAUGAUUUUCUUUGCACCCUGCUAAGGGAUAACUUUGGACAACAAAACAAUCCACACCCCUCCCCCCUGAAAAGGAAAAUACUGUCUGCUAGUUUCAUACAGUCAACUUUCUCUAAGACAGACACCUCUGGGACCAACACCAAGUGUCGGUCUUAAAGAGAUGUCUGGUGUCCGUCUUAUAGAGUUGUCCAACAAGAGAGACUCAACUGUAGUAAUUCUUUUCUCUUUACAGUUGUGGACAUCAGGAGAUGGCGAAAAUGAAGACACCGAGGACAAAGAGUGA